ACUUUUCCUUGAGAAGUAGAAAUGGUUUGGUUUUGCGUCUUAAGCUAAUUCCAGGCUCACGAGUGCCCCACACAUACAAAUUUUGAAUUGCAAUGUCAAUCCCCAAGUGCCUUUCCAGAAAUACACCACGUGGUCUCCCUUACAUGUCUGAGGUGGACCUCCACCCACUCUUUCGCUUCUCUCCCCAACUCUAUUUAUACCCUUUUCUUCUCUCUUUUCUCCCCAAACACUCCCCUCUCCACCCCCACCCUCUCUCUCACUCUCCUCUGCCAAACGCACCCUUCUUCCUCUUUCUUUCAACACUGACAAAAACCAAAAACCCCACAUAACUUAUCAUCUCGAUCUCCAUGACUUCUUCUACUACUACUACUGCUUCCGGUAAUUGGGCUAGAACCCAAUUCCCUCACCUUCUUUCUUCUUCUUCUCUGAUGGAUCUGGGCUCCAUCUCCUUUACCAAGAGCAAGCCCAAUAGUAAAAAAUCCAAAAUUCACUGCGCUCUACACUCUCCCUCUGUUCUUCAUUUCGCCGAACAGCCCUAUCAUGCACCCGUACUUCCCAAAGAUGACUCCUUUCUCACUGUAAAACAAAAAACUGCCCACCUUCUACCGCCUCAGUUGAACCUCUUUCAAAGAGCAGCAGCUGUGGCUUUAGACAUGGCAGAAGAUGCGUUGGUCGCUAACGAGCGCCAACACCAACUGCCCAAAACUGCUGAUCCAACUGUCCAAAUCUCCGGAAACUAUGCUCCCGUGCCUGAACAGCCUGUCCGGCAUGCGCUUCCAGUCACCGGAACUAUCCCCGAAUGCAUAAGCGGUGUGUAUGUGCGUAACGGUGCUAACCCACUUUUUGAGCCGAUUGCCGGUCACCACUUAUUUGACGGAGAUGGCAUGGUCCACGCUGUCAAAAUUGAUAGAGGCAAUGCGAGCUAUGCUUGUCGUUUCACUGAAACAGAAAGGCUGAAACAAGAGAGAGAAUUGGGCAGGCCAGUGUUUCCUAAAGCAAUUGGCGAGCUACAUGGCCACUUUGGUAUAGCAAGAUUACUUCUUUUCUAUGCCAGAGGAUUAUGUGGGCUAGUGGAUCACACCAAAGGCACUGGAGUAGCCAACGCCGGGCUUGUCUACUUUAAUGACAGGCUUCUUGCCAUGUCUGAGGACGAUGUUCCUUACCAAGUGCGCGUCACUGCCAGUGGCGACCUUGAAACAGUUGGCCGCUACAAUUUCGAUGGCCAACUUAACCACACAAUGAUUGCCCACCCAAAGAUUGAUCCAGUUUCCAAGGAGCUAUUUGCUCUGAGUUACGACGUCGUCCAAAAGCCGUACCUCAAGUACUUCCGAUUCUUCCCCGACGGGACAAAAUCACCGGACGUCGAUAUCCCUCUCACAGUGCCAACUAUGAUGCAUGAUUUCGCCAUCACUGAGAAUUUCGUGGUGAUACCUGACCAACAAGUCGUUUUCAAGCUUCAAGAAAUGAUAAGAGGUGGCUCUCCAGUUAUUUAUGACAAGGACAAGAAGUCUCGGUUUGGGAUUCUUGCAAAGAAUGCUCGUGAUGCUCAGGAUAUUAUCUGGGUGGAAUCGCCGGAUACUUUCUGCUUCCAUUUAUGGAAUGCAUGGGAGGAGCCGGAAUCCGAUGAAGUAGUGGUGAUCGGAUCUUGCAUGACUCCACCGGACUCCAUCUUCAACGAAACCGACGAGAGUUUAAAGAGUGUAUUAUCAGAAAUCAGACUAAAUUUAAAGACUGGCAAGUCCACGCGCCGCCCUAUAAUAAAAGAAUCAAACCAAGUGAAUUUAGAGGCCGGGAUGGUGAACAGGAACAGGUUAGGGAGAAAGACUCAGUACGCUUACCUAGCCAUUGUUGAGCCCUGGCCUAAGGUGUCCGGUUUCGCCAAGGUGGAUCUUUUUACAGGGGAGGUAAAGAAAUUUAUAUACGGCGAUAAAAAAUAUGGAGGGGAGCCAUUUUUCCUGCCAAGGGACCCUAAUAGCGAAGAAGAGGAUGAUGGCUACAUUCUUGCUUUUGUUCAUGACGAGAAGAAGUGGAAAUCAGAGCUUCAAAUUGUAAACGCCAGGAGUUUACAGUUGGAAGCUACAGUUAAGCUACCAUCCAGAGUUCCCUACGGAUUUCAUGGGACAUUCAUUGACUCGAACGACCUGUCGAAUCAAGCAUAGCCUUAUUUACCAUACAUGGUGAUAUUUGAAUUUUCCCCUUCCUUUCUUUUUCUCAAGUGUGUGAGAAUUACCCAAGAAGGAGAUUAUUACCUGAGGGAUGGUGGUUUUGUCCCCGGAAUCUCCUGACCAUUAAAAACCCUAACAACCCUUUUCUUUUUGUUAGGUACAUAGCCGUUUUUUUUUUAUCUUACUAUGAAGUUUUAAAGGAACCAGCUUGUAGCUUUGGACAGUAAUAUACUGUAGUAGAAUUGUAGCUCAGCUGGUUUCUGCUUCUCUUGUUUUGUCAGUCUUUAGGGUAUCUGGAGACAGCUAGCUAGGAUUACUACUGUUUGAUCUCCACCCAUUAUACUUGCUGCUUGUAGAUAAUAAAAUAUUUACAGUUUA